UCUCACGCCCCCUUCGUUUUUACUCCUAACCUUCACUCCCACCUUCCAAGCAACUCAAUUUCCCAUUUCCCCAACUAUUUAUUAAGAAAACAUAAAUUAAAAUAAAGAAAGAGAAGAAACUUGAUAUUUGAAAAUUUUUCUAUUCCGAAUUCCAGUUUUUUACGUUAGCCAGUGUCUUUGUGUGUGGGUGUGGCCGGCGUGAAAUGUUGCCCGCGGCUGAGAGCAGGAGGCCCAUCGUCAUAAGAAUAUCCCGGUACCGGAGACGCCAGUGAGAAGAAGAUCCAACGGCCAAGAUUGAUUUUUUAUUUGAUUGAUUUGAUCGGAUUCUGGAGUCUGAGUUAGUGAGUGAGUGAGAGAGAGAGAGAGUGGGACCCGCACACCAAAAAGAAGAAGGAGAAGGAAAAAAAAAUGGAAACGGCGCCGCAGAAGAGCCAGGCGAAGCUCACCCGAACCCAAUCGUCGCUCCUCCGAUCUUCCCCCACCAUCCGAUCCUCCAUCCAAAGCCUCUCGUCCGUGAACGAAGAAGACCUCCUCCUCCAAGAACACCACCACGACGACGACGACGAAGACGAGAAGAAGAAGAGCACGAAGCCCAGGGCGGGCGGGCCUGGGCUAGGGCGACGGCGACUUUCCACCCAGGCCCUGGCGGUUGCCUCUGUGGGGUUCCUGGCGGCGUGCUCGGUGUUCCUGUACGUGUUCUACUUCUUCUUCUACGAGAUCCCAACCUCGGAGAACGUGCUUGUAGCUCUGAUCUUCAUCGCGGUGGUGCUGUACUUGGUGUCGAAGAACAAGAGGCUGAUAAACCGCUCCGUUUCAGGUCUGAAGCAGUCGUGGGAGGAGAGCGUGAAGCGGUUAGGGUUGUCGAAAUCCCAGGAAGGUUGUUCGAAACCGGUUCAGUGGUUCAUAGGGGAAACAGGGAAAAGAGGAAAAGAGAGCAUCAAGAACAGCAAGAAGAAGAAGAAGAAGAUAGUUCGGGAAGGGGUAGAGUUCUACAGCAAUGGGGAUUUCUACGAGGGGGAGUUUCACAUGGGGAAGUGCAACGGCAGUGGGGUUUAUAACUACUUCGUGAACGGCAGGUAUGAGGGCGACUGGGUGGAUGGCCGUUACGACGGUUACGGGAUUGAAAGCUGGACGCGUGGGAGCCGUUACAGGGGCAAGUAUAGACAAGGCUUGAGGCAUGGCUAUGGUGUGUACAGAUUCUACACCGGCGAUUCUUAUGCCGGAGAGUGGUGUAACGGUCAGAGCCAUGGUGUUGGUGUUCAGACUUGUGCUGAUGGCAGCUGUUACAUUGGCCAAUUCAACUAUGGCGUCAAGCAUGGACUCGGUUGUUACCAUUUUAGAAAUGGGGAUAGGUAUGCAGGGGAGUAUUUUGGAGACAAAAUCCAUGGAUUUGGUGUAUACUACUUUGCCAAUGGACACUGCUAUGAAGGAGCAUGGCAUGAGGGACGCAGGCAAGGUAUCGGAACUUACAUCUUUCGAAAUGCCGACCGGAGAUGCGGUGAAUGGGAUGCUGGCAACCUCAAGCACCCUCUGCCACCACACUCUCAUGCCGUCCUUCGAGCACUUCAGGCUGCAAGGAAAACGGCCGAUAGCGCGAUUAACCUUAGGCGCGUCGACGAUGAGGUGAACAAAGCAGUGAUAGCUGCUAACAGGGCUGCCACGGCGGCUAGAGUAGCCGCCGUGAAAGCUGUUCAGAACAGAAUGGAUGGACAAUUUUGCGAUACUGAUGUCUAAGAAUUAGGGUAUUAGCUUUUUGUUAUAGAAAUGUAAAUUUUCCUUUUUACUAAUUCUGAGUACUUAUUUCUUAAGGUGUCACCCCGGAUAGCAAAAGCUUGCUGGAGGUUGAUCAUAGUCAUCCUUUUUUUUUUUGGUCUUUUUCAGAUGUUUGUAACAUGUACAUAACCAUGUAAAUCAAAUCAAUGAAAGAUGAAUUUUCUAACA